AGUAAGGAGGGGCUAACACCCUCCUCUAUCCCCCCUACUGUACAUGUUUGCCUGUCUCUGUUCCUGUCUGAAGUGGAGGGAGCAGUGUUAUCAUUUUUGAGUGAGCGUGCAGCGGAUAUAAGAAAAUGAUGUGUUUAGGAUCAGUCGGUCGACGCAGGGCAGCUUUGAUGUCUCCUAGUCAGCUUAGCUGAGCCCUGUGUUCAAAAUGCCUUUGUAAUUACAAUGUGUAUAAUAUACUGUAUCUGUGCGCAGUGUCAACUCAAGCACUGCCCUCACCACGGUAAAGAAGAGAAGAUAGCAGGAGGUGCCUCUCUGUUUGAAUGGUUCAAAUGGGUACUCUAGCAGAGUGAACUCACCAAGUGUUGCACAAACAUGUGUCUCUCUGAGUGCUUGAAUGCUUCUCCUCCAUUAAUGGAAAAAGUCAUCUUCUUCAGAUCUUAUGCCCACAACUCCUGUUGUCCAAACCUAAAAAAGGACCAGCUUUUGUUAGAAUUCAAUACAGUAUGUCUAUAUGUCUCAAUAAAUCUUCCUGAAAUAGUUCCAUCACAGCACAGUCAGUCCAAUAGUGUACUAUCUAUGGCCACCACAAGUUUACCAUGAGGACUGAUGCAGAAAAAAUGCAUGGUGUUUGGUUUGGUGUUAUGCAACAUUCUGAGAUCAUAAUUAAGGGACAAUGCAAUAUUAUGUUUAUUAUCUGGGCUGGAAAAUAUGCUAAGACAAAACAGAGUUCUCCACGUCUUGUUGUACUUUAUUCCAAUACCCCAUUUUGGAGUGGCUUUGUGUAAGGGGGCUCACUCUCUCACUGAGAGCACAGCAGAAAUAGCUGGCUCUCUAAUUGCUGUCUGUCCUCAUGAAGACGGAAGAGUCGAGAAUAUUUUCAUCCACCGACCGACCUUCGUCUCAGGCAUGGGGCUUUCUCAGACUCAUUAGGGUCUCUCUGCUUUUUAUUCGUUGUGUUCUUGUUUUCGCUGUAGCUUUCCUGAAGCAUUGUACAGCUUAUUGAAACCAGAUGAUUGUCUAGCCAUAUGUAUGCAUCCAGGUCUUUUAACUUUGUGAAUCUUCUCUCUCCUGGGCUUGUGUCUCUCUCUCUCUCUAGUUUGUGCCAUGCACAGGGUUUAGACGUUAAACAGGGGAGUGCAUUCAAACUUGGGUGUUCAGUGGAUGCUUUACAGAGAUCCAGUUCAUGAUUAGUUUAGCCAAAAGUGGUUUAUAGCUUGUUCACUUGGCCAUGAGAUGCAAUAACAAAUCAAGUGUGUUUAUCUCCAACUCAUACUCUGAAGACACUAUAUUUAGCAAAGCAGUGUGUUGGAUACUUUUAUACAUUUUAUAACAUGUUUGCUAGUAUGCUUUCAUUCAUUCUUGUGGUGUUUAUACUGUUUUAGACAAGUUAAUUUGGUCCACUACUCUUUCAUGUGGUAGAGAGGGAUACCUCCUCAGGAGUAAGCUAAGCAGUGGGCUAACCGUGACCAUUGAAACCAUUAACCAUCAAAUCAUUACAAGCAGGCUCUCAACUGCGCAACACAACACAGCACUUUGGAUGUUUAGGUACUUUCCUCUCUUCAUUCAUAUAAAGUUCUAAACUGAUUGAACUUUUGUACUUUCGCAGAACCUGAGCAGCAGGUAUCAGCAUUGUUUCAAUAAGUGUUGUUGGAAAAGGCAUUCAUUAGCAUUCACUCCCUCUCUUUCUCUCUAGUGUUCUGUGAGCUGUGGCCGGGGGACCAAGCAGCGGGAGAUAACCUGUGUUUACCAAAACCAAACCCAAAUAGAGGAAGAGUACUGCAGUCAUCUGUCACAUCCCCGGACACAGAAGGCCUGCCGAGCCCGGGGUUGCCCCAGCUGGAAGGCCAACAAGUGGAGCGAGGUAUGUGUCCUAGCCACCCCGUCCCCACAUACUCUCAAAAUACCCCCAGGCCCCUUGGGGGGACCACACCGUCCGCCCCUCUCUAAUGCUAACAGUCACCUCUAGCAGCUGGGACACCAACACAAACAUAGUCAAGGGCUUCCCAGUGUCCCCAGAUGUAGAACAUAUACAGUGGGGAAAAAAAGUAUUUAGUCAGCCACCAAUUGUGCAAGUUCUCCCACUUAAAAAGAUGAGAGAGGCCUGUAAUUUUCAUCAUAGGUUACACGUCAACUAUGACAGACAAAUUGAGAUUUUUCUCCAGAAAAUCACAUUGUAGGAUUUUUUAUGAAUUUAUUUGCAAAUUAUGGUGGAAAAUAAGUAUUUGGUCACCUACAAACAAGCAAGAUUUCUGGCUCUCACAGACCUGUAACUUCUUCUUUAAGAGGCUCCUCUGUCCUCCACUCGUUACCUGUAUUAAUGGCACCUGUUUGAACUUGUUAUCAGUAUAAAAGACAACUGUCCACAACCUCAAACAGUCACACUCCAAACUCCACUAUGGCCAAGACCAAAGAGCUGUCAAAGGACACCAGAAACAAAAUCGUAGACCUGCACCAGGCUGGGAAGACUGAAUCUGCAAUAGGUAAGCAGCUUGGUUUGAAGAAAUCAACUGUGGGAGCAAUUAUUAGGAAAUGGAAGACAUACAAGACCACUGAUAAUCUCCCUCGAUCUGGGGCUCCACGCAAGAUCUCACACCGUGGGGUCAAAAUGAUCACAAGAACGGUGAGCAAAAAUCCCAGAACCACACGGGGGGACCUAGGGAAUGACCUACAGAGAGCUGGGACCAAAGUAACAAAGCCUACCAUCAGUAACACACUACGCCGCCAGGGACUCAAAUCCUGCAGUGCCAGACGUGUCCCCCUGUUUAAGCCAGUACAUGUCCAGGCCCGUCUGAAGUUUGCUAGAGUGCAUUUGGAUGAUCCAGAAGAGGAUUGGGAGAAUAUCAUAUGUUCAGAUGAAACCAAAAUAGAACUUGUCGUGUUUGGAGGACAAAGAAUGCUGAGUUGCAUCCAAAGAUCACCAUACCUACUGUGAAGCAUGGGGGUGGAAACAUCAUGCUUUGGGGCUGUUUUUCUGCAAAGGGACCAGGACGACUGAUCCGUGUAAAGGAAAGAAUGAAUGGGGCCAUGUAUCGUGAGAUUUUGAGUGAAAACCUCCUUCCAUCAGCAAGGGCAUUGAAGAUGAAACGUGGCUGGGUCUUCAAGCAUGACAAUGAUCCCAAACACACCGCCCGGGCAACGAAGGAGUGGCUUCGUAAGAAGCAUUUCAAGGUCCUGGAGUGGCCUAGCCAGUCUCCAGAUCUCAACCCCAUAGAAAAUCUUUGGAGGGAGUUGAAAGUCCGUGUUGCCCAGCGACAGCCCCAAAACAUCACUGCUCUAGAGGAGAUCUGCAUGGAGGAAUGGGCCAAAAUACCAGCAACAGUGUGUGAAAACCUUGUGAAGACUUACAGAAAACGUUUGACCUGUGUCAUUGCCAACAAAGGGUAUAUAACAAAGUAUUGAGAAACUUUUGUUAUUGACCAAAUACUUAUUUUCCACCAUAAUUUGCAAAUAAAUUCAUUAAAAAUCCUACAAUGUGAUUAUCUGGAUUUUUUUUCUUCUCAUUUUGUCUGUCAUAGUUGACGUGUACCUAUGAUGAAAAUUACAGGCCUCUCUCAUCUUUUUAAGUGGGAGAACUUGCACAAUUGGUGGCUGACUAAUUACUUUUUUUCCCCACUGUACAGUACUGUACACACUGUGUACCUGUCCAAUCACUAAGCAGUUUAUAUACUCUUGUACCUAAUGUCCUUCCACAGGCUAGAUUUACAUAGCUGUUUAUGCAAUGUACCAGACUUGUAUACUUGUGAGAAGAAAUGUUAUGGGAUUUCAAAGAAGCUCUCUCCACUAGUUACCCUGUGCCUUUCUGGUGCAUUUUACUGCACCAAUGCAGCAUGCUAGACAAAAGUUUUAACAAAAAUCACAAAUGCAAGAAGGUACCUACUUUCUACAGACAGACAGAUCCCACUGGGCACAAACUGGUUGAAUCAACAUUGUUUAAACGUAAUUUGUCAACUAUUUGUAACGUGGAAUCUAUAUGAAAAAUAUAUUGGAUUUGCAAAAAGUCAUCAACUGUUGUUUUGAGAGUCAAAUUUCAACCACAGAAUGGUAACAAAUGUUCAACAUUGUCAAGGUAGAUGUAGGUGGGUGUGGUGGUGGAAUCAGGCGCAGGACGCAGAACGUUAGUCCAACAGACUUUAGUUGAUGCACACGAAAAACAAUCACAAACAAACGCCCUGAGGCGAAACUCCGCACGUAGGCUAAAAUAACGGGCGCACUAACAGGUGCGACACAAACACUCCAAACAAUGGAGAUAUAGCUCAACCGAGCAAACAGUAGAAAUCCAGCCUACCGGCACGACAGUAAAACAAUCACACACAACACUAGACAAACACAACGAGAACUUAUAGGACACUAAUACACUAAACGAUAACAGGUGUAACAACAAUCAGACAAAAGCAAACGAACAUAGAAACAUGCAACGGUGGCAGCUAGUAUUCCGGAGACGACGAACGCCGAAGCCUGCCCGAGCAAGGAAGAGAGGCAGCCUCGGCCGAAACCGUGACAGUACCCCCCCCCCCCCCCUUGACGCGCGGCUCCAGACGUGCGCCGACUCCGGCCUCGGGGACGACCAGGAGGACGCGGAGCAUGGUGCGUCGGGUGCCCAAGAUGGAAUUCCGUCAGGAGAGACGGGUCCAAAAUGUCUCUCCUCGGCACCCAGCACCGUUCCUCCGGGCCGUACCCCUCCCACUCCACUAGAUAUUGGAGACCCCCCAUCCGACGUCUCGAAUCCAAGAUGGACCGCACGGAGUACGCCGGUGCCCCCUCGAUGUCCAAUGGGGGCGGAGGAGUCUCCCUGAUCUCACUUUCUUGGAGUGGGCCAGCUACCACCGGCCUGAGAAGAGACACAUGGAACGAGGGGUUAAUACUUUUAUACUCAACAGGUAGUUGUAAUUUGUAACACACCUCGUUCAACCUUCUCAGGACUUUAAAUGGCCCUACAAACCGCCGACCCAGUUUCCGACAGGGCAGGCGGAGGGGCAGGUUUCUGGUAGAGAGCCAGACUCGAUCACCAGGUGCGUACACCGGUCCCUCACUGCGGUGGAGAUCGGCGCUCGCCUUAUGACGACGGAGGGCCCGCUGCAGGUGGACGUGUGCAGCGUUCCAUGUCUCCUCCGAGCGCCGCGCCCACUCAUCCACCGCAGGAGCCUCGAUCUGGCUCUGCUGCCAAGGUGCCAGAACCGGCUGGUAACCUAACACACAUUGGAAAGGGGUUAGGUUAGUGGAGGAAUGGCGUAGGGAAUUCUGGGCCAUUUCGGCCCAGGGAACGUACCUUGCCCACUCCUCCGGCCGGUCCUGGCAGUAUGUUCUAAGAAACCUACCCACAUCCUGGUUCACGCGUUCCACCUGCCCAUUACUCUCCGGGUGGUAACCCGAGGUGAGGCUCACCGAGACCCCCAACCACUCCAUAAACGCUCUCCAGACUCUGGAGGUAAAUUGGGGACCUCGAUCAGACACAAUAUCCUCGGGUACCCCGUAGUGCCGGAACACAUGGGUGAAUAGUGCUUCGGCGGUUUGCAGGGCAGUAGGAAGGCCCGGCAUAGGGAGCAAACGACAGGCCUUAGAAAACCGGUCCACAACGACCAGUAUAGUGGUAUUCCCCUGUGAAGGAGGAAGGUCAGUGAGGAAAUCCACCGAGAGGUGAGACCAUGGUCGUUGUGGAACGGGCAGGGGUAGUAACUUACCCCUAGGCAGAUGUCUAGGCGCCUUACACUGGGCGCACACCGAGCAGGAGGAAACAUAAACCCUGACAUCCCUCGCCAACGUGGGCCACCAGUACUUGGCACUAAGACAGUGCACUGUCCGGCCGAUACCAGGGUGUCCAGAGGAGGGUGACGUGUGAGCCCAAUAGAUCAAUCGAUCCCGAACCUCGAGCGGAACGUACUUCCGACCCUCCGGGCAUUGAGGUGGACUAGGGUCGGUGCGUAACGCCCACUCGAGUUCAGCAUCGACCUCCCACACUACCGGUGCCACCAGACACGACUCCGGCAGUAUGGGAGUGGGCUCCACGGACCUCUCCUCCGUGUCAUACCGCCGAGACAGUGCGUCUGCCUUACCGUUCUGUGACCCAGGGAUGUACGUGAUCUUAAAUGUGAACCGGGUCAAAAACAUAUUCCACCUCGCCUGGCGAGGGUUCAGCCUCCUCGCUGCCCGGAUGUACUCCAGGUUACGGUGGUCCGUCAAAAUGAGGAAAGGGUGUUGAGCCCCCUCAAGCCAGUGCCUCCACACCUUUAGGGCCUGUACCACGGCUAACAGCUCCCUGUCCCCCACGUCAUAGUUUCGCUCCGCCGGACUGAGCUUCUUGGAAUAAAAAGCACAGGGGCGGAGUUUAGGUGGCGCGCCGGACCGUUGCGACAGCACGGCUCCUAUACCGGCCUCUGACGCGUCCACCUCUACCUGAAAUGGCAAAGAGGGAUCCGGAUGCGCCAGCACCGGAGCCGAGGUAAACAGGUCCUUCAGCCUCCCAAACGCCCUGUCCGCCUCGGCUGACCACUGCAGACGCACCGGACCCCCCUUCAAAAGAGACGUUAUGGGAGCUGCCACCUGUCCAAAACCCCAGAUAAACCUCCGGUAAUAAUUCGCAAACCCCAAAAACUGCUGCACCUCCUUCACAGUGGUUGGCGUUUGCCAAUUACGCACGGCUGACACCCGGUCUACCUCCAUCUUCACCCCUGACGCAGACAACUGAUAACCCAAAAAGGAGACCGACUCCUGGAAGAACAGACACUUCUCUGCCUUGACAUACAGGUCGUGCUCCAACAGUCUCCGCAACACUCGGCGCACCAGGGCCACAUGCUCGACUCGGGUAGGCGAGUACACGAGAAUGUCAUCGAUGUACACAACCACCCCCUGCCCCUGCAUGUCCCUGAAGAUCUCAUCCACGAAGGAUUGGAAAACUGAAGGAGCGUUCAUCAACCCGUAUGGCAUGACAAGAUACUCGUAAUGGCCCGAGGUGGUACUAAAGGCUGUCUUCCAUUCAUCGCCCCCCCUAAUGCGCACCAAGUUGUACGCGCUCCUGAGAUCUAAUUUAGCGAAGAAACGCGCCCCGUGCAAUGACUCCGUCAUGGUCGCAAUCAGCGGGAGUGGAUAACUGUACUUCACCGUGAUCUGAUUGAGACCACGGUAAUCAAUGCACGGGCGUAAUCCUCCAUCCUUUUUCUUCACAAAAAAGAAACUCGAGGACGCAGGGGAAGUGGAGGGCCGUAUGUAUCCUUGUCUCAGAGAUUCGUCUAUGUACGUCUCCAUAGCUCUCUUCUCCUCCUGAGACAGAGGAUACACAUGGCUCCGUGGGAGCGCAGCUCCUGCCUGGAGGUCUAUCGCACAAUCUCCCUGCCUAUGGGGAGGCAACUGCGUCGCCCUCGACUUACUGAACACAAUAGCCAAAUCCCCAUACUCAGGGGGAACGUGCAAUGCGGGCACCUGGUUUGGACUCUCCACCGAGGUAGCCCCUACGGAAACGCCUAAACAUCGACCCACACACUGGGCAGACCACUCCAUCAGAGCCCUCUCCUGCCACGAAAUAGAUGGGUUAUGGGUACUCAACCAGGGCAUGCCCAGCACCACCGGAUACGCAGGCGAGUCGAUCAGAAAUAGCUGGAUCAUCUCCUGAUGACCCCCCUGCGCACACAUCCUAAGUGGCGCAGUGACCUCCCUGAUCAAGCCCGCCCCCAACGGACGGCUAUCUAGGGCAUGAACGGGGAAGGGAACGUCAACUGGGAGAAGGGGAAUCCCUAAGGCUAAGCAAAACUUCUUAUCAACAAAAUUCCCAGCCGCGCCUGAAUCUACCAGCGCCUUAUGCUGGGAAUGAGGUGCUACCUGUGGAAAACGCACAGGUAUACAGAAAUUUGCAACAGAGAGCUCUGGGUGAGUGGGGCGCCUACUCACCUGGAAGGACUCCCCAGUGCGGGACCUGUCGUCCUCUCCCCUAGGAGGCCAUCCCCAGCACCUAGCCGCGGUGUGUCCUCCCCGACCACAGUUGGUGCAGGAGAUGGACCCCCUCGUAAGCCGACCCCUCCUCUCUCUAGCGCCAGCGCCCCCGAGCUCCAUGGGGCACGGCUCGGAAGCGCUGGAGGGUGAAAUGGACGGACCCCCCUCGGGACGUCCGCGGGUAGCUAGCAGGGUAUCCAGCCUGAUGGACAUGUCGACCAACUGGUCGAACGAGAGGCUGGUGUCCCUACAGGCCAGCUCCCUACGGACGUCCUCGCGUAGACUACAUCGGUAGUGAUCGAUGAGAGCCCGCUCAUUCCACCCUGCAUCCGCCGCUAGAGUACGGAAUUCCAAGGCGAACUCCUGGGCACUCCUCUUCCCCUGCCGGAGGCAGACCAGACGCUCCCCCGCCGCUUUCCCCUCCGGGGAAUGGUCAAACACCGCCCUGAAGCGGCGGGAGAACUCGUCGUAGGUGAUGGUGUUCGCGUCGAUUCUCCUCCACUCUGCGUUGGCCCAUUCCAACGCCUUCCCGGAAAGGCAGGAGAUCAGGGCGGACACGCUCUCGUGUCCCGAGGGCGCCGGGUGCACGGUGGCCAGGUAAAGCUCCACCUGGAGAAGGAAUCCCUGACACCCGGCCGCGGUCCCAUCGUAGGCCCUCGGGAGCGAGAGCCGAACUCCUCUGGGUUCCGGAGCGGGACUGGGCUGACCUGCCGAUGGUGCGGGCAGGGAGGAUGGCGGUGGAGGAGUCCCUCGGGUCUCCCAGCCUCGGAUGGUGGUGAUCACCUCCUGCAGUGCGGACCCCAUCCGCAGGAUCUGGUCAUUUUGUUCGCGGAUCCUGUCCUCCAACGUCGCCUGUGCUGCUGCGGCUCCUGCUGACUCCAUCGAGUAUGGUGUGUGAUUCUGUCAAGGUAGAUGUAGGUGGGUGUGGUGGUGGAAUCAGGCGCAGGACGCAGAACGUUAGUCCAACAGACUUUAGUUGAUGCACACGAAAAACAAUCACAAACAAACGCCCUGAGGCGAAACUCCGCACGUAGGCGAAAAUAACGGGCGCACUAACAGGUGCGACAAAAACACUCCAAACAAUGGAGAUAUAGCUCAACCGAGCAAACAGUAGAAAUCCAGCCUACCGGCACGACAGUAAAACAAUCACACACAACACUAGACAAACACAACGAGAACUUAUAGGACACUAAUACACUAAACGAUAACAGGUGUAACAACAAUCAGACAAAAGCAAACGAACAUAGAAACAUGCAACGGUGGCAGCUAGUAUUCCGGAGACGACGAACGCCGAAGCCUGCCCGAGCAAGGAAGAGAGGCAGCCUCGGCCGAAACCGUGACAAACAUAGACAAACCUUGUAUAAAAUAUGUUGAAUUUGUACCUUUGAAACAACGUCAGAUCUUCAACGUUAUAUCCACUAUCAGAAAAUAAACUAUAGACUGGGCAGCAUCUCCUACUGGAGAGUUGAUCUACAGCUAUCCAUUUGGUCUCCCAUCCCAUUUAAUCAAGUCCAGCCCAGCUUUGAUAUUUGUCACUGACUACUGCCAAUGUGCUAUUGUGACAAUGAUUAUUGAGAACUCACUUAACUAAAUAGAUUCACUGUUGCUAUCGAAGUCAUUCCAAAGGGUAGGUUUAACAGAGCAAAUGAAAUGUAACCAUACUCUCUCUAUAAAUCAUAUAUCAUCAAUGAUACUAUUUAGGCCUAUAUAUCAUUUGCGAAGUCAUCAACAGCUAUUGUUUCAAUUCAACCCAGGGUUCAACUAAAAAUUGACAAUACAUAUAAGCCUAGGGUUUCAAGUUUUGGUUGAUGUCAAAUUUAAUCUUCAAGUUAAUAAUCAAUAUGUUGGAUUUAUGUCUCCAUUUCAACCAAAAGUUAAAGAAUAGGACUAAAUCAAAUCUAACUUUAUUUAAAGUUUGAUUUGAUUUAGUCCUUUAGCAGCGCUAGGAGAGGGGAAAUCCAUGAUCACAAAUGUAUCACAAGGCCACCAGAGAGUAAAGGAGAUUGAGGUGGAGGGAGAUUUGUCAUGUUCUGACAAGUUGCCCAGAGCAGAGGAGGGAGUAGCUGUCUGUCCGUAAGUGGUGACUAUUUAACAGUCUGAUGGCCUGGAGAUAGAAGCUGUUUUUCAGUCUCUCGGUCCCAGCUUUGAUGCGCCCGUACUGUCUCCGCCUUCUAGAUUGUAGCGGGGUGAACAGGCUUUCCUGUGACGCCAGGUGCUGUAGAUGUCUUGACAGGCAGGCAGUGUGCCCCCGGUGAUGCGUUGGGCUGACUGCACCACCCUCUGGAGAGCCUUGCAGUUGCGGACGGUGCAAUUGCUGUACCAGGCAGUGAUACAGCCCGACAGCAUGCUCUCAAUGGUGCAUCUGUAGAAGUCUGUGAGGGUCUUAGGGGCCAAGCCGAAUUUCUUCAGCCUCCUGAGUUUGAAGAGGUAUUGUUGCUCUUUCUUCACCACACUGUCUGUGUGAAUGGACCAUUUCAGGUUGUCAGUGAUGUGCAAGCCGAGGAACUUAAAGCUUUUCACCCUCCACUGCGUUCCCGUCGGAGAGUAGCAAUGGUCAAGAGUGCUCGAUGUGCGAGUAGCAUAGGAGAUGUGUUGAUGGAACUUCGGUAGCGUUUUCCUCAGAUUUCCUUUAUUAGUCCCCAGCUACAAUAAAUGCUGCCUGAGGAUAUGCAGUUUCCAGUUUGCACAAAGUCCAAUAUAGUUCCUUGAGAGCCGUCCCGGUGUCUGCUUGGAAGGGGAAAAUACACGGCCAUGACAAUGACCGAAGAAAAUUAUUUUGGGAGGUAAUGCGGUAAUUCUCUCACUCUAUCAGGCCCCCUGAAGAUGUACAGUAUUUAAAUAAUGUUUAUGUUGGACACAAGAUGGAGAGCAAAGAGAGCUCCUCAGGUCCUGUAUGCUCCUCACCCCCAAAGUGUGGUUGUGAAAUCCCCAUUGGGCUUGCAAUGGGAGCCCAUCUCUGUAGCUCAGCUGGUAGAGCACGGCGCUUGUAACGCUAAGGUAGUGGGUUCGAUCCCCGGGACCACCCAUACACAAAAAAAAAUGUAUGCACGCAUGACUGUAAGUCGCUUUGGAUAAAAGCGUCUGCUAAAUGGCAUAUUAUUAUUAUUAUUAUUAUCUCUGUUUUCCUCCAUGAGACCACUGCCACUUCCCAGCCUUUGUGGGCCUCACUCUCCCUCUCCCUCCCUGGUGUCUGGAAGCAAUCAUCUCCCUUCACAUACCACCAGAAACCAUGAAAUCCACAACUAGAGCAUAAAGACAUGUUUUAUAUCUUAACAUUCAUGCCUGUGACAACUUUGGAAACCUCAGCACCCACCGUUUGGGCUUUUCAGCAGCCAGCCACUCAACCCCCUCACAGUCUGGUGAAGGGGUACGAGAGAGGAGGGGGAUGUAGGGGUCCUCUCUCCUUUAAAAACAUACAAUUAGAAUCACAGGUUCUACUUCUAGGCUAUUCUCAUAUUCUAUUUUAAUUCUAAUUGUAUUCUAGCACAAAUUAUUAUAUUUUUAUGAACAAAAACGACAUACUGCAGAUGGGUAGAGAGCAGCAGUUUCUGGAGAAGCUCAACUCCAUCAAAUAGUGUGCUUAACUAUGACAAGUGUGAUCCCCGGCAAUGAAAACCAAAAGCCUCUUGGAAAGAGACUAGAAUCUAAUUUCUUAAGCCGUAAUAGUUGUUCAAAUCGUAGUAGGAGGCUCUAUUACACCCCACUUUGGGAUAUUAAAAAAGACGGCCUUUAAAUGAGGCCUUGUUCUGUACAUUAAUUGAUCUGACUAGGGGAACUUGCAGUUUCUAAAGAUAUUGUGGCUGUAUAGCGAGUAUUUAUACAGCUUUCUUCUAGAACCCCGGGGGUUGGUUUCCGGACCCAGAUUAAGCCUAUUCCUGGACUAAAAAGCACUUUGAAUGGAGGGUCUCCAUUGUACAUGCUUCUUAGUCCAGGAUAACGCUUAAUCUUUGUCCGGGAAACCUCUUUCUAAUGAAAUCCUGGAGAUCUAUUAGUGCUGGAGAGCUUCCUUAGCAUGCAGGUAGGAUUCUCAAUGACUUCAAAGAGAUGGGCCAGGUGAUAGACCUGUGGGUAAACUCACAAUAUGGCUCACACAGACACAACAACCAAAGGCUCAGAGGAAAACAUACGUCUCUGUCUGCAUUGUUCAAGGACAUUGUGUAGAGGCAUCAAAGCCUGUGACGCAGACCCAACAGACUAAACAAAGCAUGUACUGUAUGUUACAAAACGUUGAUGCUUCGUCCAGGUCAGAGAGUGGAAGGGGACAUGAUGGGAAGAUUUAUGUUUUUGUGUGAAUUUGAGACUUGGUUGCUACAGUAGCAAGCUGAAACACAGAUGAGGAUAUCUGUGCUGGCAAUGCAAUGACAACAACCUGAUCGUGAACUAGCUUGUGUGUUGUGUGUCAGUCGAUCUAAUGUGUGUGUUUGUGUGUGUUUUGUAGUGCUCUGUCACCUGUGGAGUGGGGGUCCAGAACAGAUAUGUGUACUGCAGACUGAAGGGUACAGGGCGGGUGAGAGAGGAGCUGUGUGGUUCCCACCACCGUCCGGCCACUGCCCAGCCCUGCCAGGCUACUGAGUGUCUCCAUCACACCUGGGCAGCCGGAGAGUGGCAAGAUGUAAGUAUAGACAACUAUCUAUCUUUCUAUCUCACUUACCCUGUCUUCUUCUAUAUAUAAUUUUUCUAAUGUCCUAGACGGAACUUCGGAGAGUCAAUGUGCUUUCAAAUACUAUUUCAUCAUUAGAUUUUUUGGAUUGUAUUCACAUAGAUUUGUUAAUAGAGACAGACUCCAGUUGCUAGCAUGUGUGUUUAAUGAACACACAGCAGUCAUGGUGUUUGUGUGCGAGAGACAGACAUAAGAUCAUCAUACCGGAGAUUGUUAUUGGCAGUGCUCUGUCAUAGAGCUAGUGGACCAGACCAGCUGUGUUUGUGAGGUCACUGAGGUAGCCCAGCACUCCUGCAUCAGACAUGAGGGUUUAAACGAUAACCAUCACUCUAUGAUAAAUCACAUCAAAACCUCAAAGCACUGAUCCAUAUCACAUCCAUGUCUUUUGUCUAGUCGAGUGGCACUGCACUGUGUGACAUGAGCACUGAGCAGUCCUCUUCAACCUAGUGUUUUUUUCCCCUUGGCCACGCUCUUCCUUUCAUGUCCCCCCUACUCCGUCGCCAAACUUCAGGACACAAGACGAGCACCAUGUAAGGACUUUGUGCUGCUUCCUCCUGGUGCAGAAAUGUUUGCACAUGCUCAGAUCCUGUCUGUCUGUGUUGCUAUGCAUUCCACUGAUUGUUUACAGCCUCCUGACUCAGAAACAGACAUUUCUGGCCCAGAAACCAUUUCAGCAUUCAUAACUGUGCUUAGAAUAUGAGAUAUUCUAAUAAACAAAACUGAUAUCUUAUUUGAUUUUAUAGGACAUACGCUUUAGCCAUUCAAAACCUAGCGUGCCUACUCUCACAUUGUAAAACCUGUCUUAACUUUAGACUACCUCUCUAAACCAUCAUUCCAAUUCACUCAAAACCAACUUGAGUAUCCACCAAUGACUUGCCAUGUCCUUUAUGUCUGGGGUUGGCCUUGAAAGCAAUGGGAGAUGUCAUAUCAUUCUUACUUUUCCUCCCCUGGAUAAAGUGUAGAAUACAUUUUUUGGAGUGUGGGCAUCUGGAGAGCUAAGGAAACAACCAAGCCUGUCAGAACUUCUCUGGGGUAUCUCUGCUAGCAGUCCAACACUGCCCCCUAUGCCAAUCUAAAGACAUUACCCUUUGAUCCACACGCGUAUUAAUCUCGUCCACCAGCCGGCUCUCGCUCUAUCGAACCUAUAUGCGGUAGCAAUUGAGACUGGGGACAAGGUUACAGUUGUAUUACGUUUAAUGCCUUUUAAUGUUGACAUGAUGGCUGAUCGUCAUAUUGGCCUGUGUCUGUUCUCUGCAGUGUAAUGCCACCUGUGGAGAAGGUAUGAGAAACAGGAAGGUUCUGUGUAUGGGGGCCGGGCUGACCCCAGUCCAGGAUGCCCUCUGUGACCCCUUGUCUUGCCCUGCCCUGCACCAGCCCUGCAGCAGAGCACCCUGUUACAACAUGUGGAUAACAGGAGAGUGGUCACAGGUACAGUAGGAACCUUGGUUUAGGAACCCUCUGCCUGGUCAUACCUUUAAAUAGGCCUACCUUUGCGUCAUUUGAUGUAACAAUUUACCAACAGUAUUUGACUAGCCAAGGUCGUCAAUCAGAAAUUGAUAUAUUGAGGUGUUAUUCCACAAAUGUAUCUAUAUCCUUAUCCACUGAGGUGUGAUUUCAAUUGUGUGUGAUUUACAGUGCUCUGCUAGCUGUGGCGUGGGCUACCAGCAGCGUAUAGUGUCCUGCUCCAUGAAACCCUCCUCCACCCUGCACCCCUAUGAUGCCCAGUCCCGCCCUCACUGUCCAGAGCCUCACCCACCUAGCACCAGGCAGUGCCUCCUUCGAGACUGCCCACAAGCUGCCUACUGGAAAGUUGGCCCAUGGAGCAAGGUGUGUUUCAGUGUGUUUGAGAGAGAGAAAGAGGGGGAUGGAGAGAACAUGGAGAGAGAGAGAGAGAAAGAGAGAGGGGGUGGUUAAUGGUAUCAGAUCAUGUUAUUGAAACAACAGUUAUGUUUGUACAGUGAGUAUGUAAUAUGUCAGUAGUCUACAUGUAAUUCACUGUGUUGAUGUCCUUUAUGUGCUCCUCAGUGCUCCCAGACGUGUGGAGCGGGGGUAAUGGAGCGCAGGGUGGAGUGUCUGACCUCUAAAGGUCAACUGUCCAAACACUGCCGUCCAGCCGAGAGGCCCGAGUCACAGGCCACCUGCCGAGAGAGAGAGUGUGAGUCUCUACAGUACCACUACUGCUACAUACAUACAAACACGCACGCACACACACACAAACACACAUACACACACACACUUCUACACAGCCUCUCUAAUACUUAUCUCUACUACUACUACACAGCCUCUCCCUGACAAACCCUUUCCAUUCCCUCAUGAACUGUACACAAUGGUUUUCAGAAAGUGUGCUUACAGCUAUUGCAGCGCCGCUCUGAAGUAUUAGGCCUACAACUUAGAUGUGCUUUCCUUGAUGACUUUUCUGAUCCAUGCAGUGCUUAAUGCCAAACAGGAGUGUGUAUAGUAAUGGAAUGAAAUCGACUGUGCGGUAUAGCAGCCAACUGCCAUAUCUGAUAGUGUUUAUAGAAGGUCAACUUAUUUCUUUAUUUUAACACAUUGGGCAUAACGUUAACCUUGACUUUAAGCCUUUCUCUGAGCAAUUGGUCUCUGAAACAAUAAAUAGUGAGUCAGAGUUCUCCACUCACGCUGGUGACAGAGAGGCAGUCAGACAGUGAGGAGUGUGCUGGGGCUGAGGCUGAGGUUGGGGCUGGGGCUGACUGGAGUUGAGUCUGGGGCUGGGGCUGGGGCUGGGGCUGGGGCUGAGGCUGGGGCUGGGGCUGAGGCUGGGGCUGGGGCUGAGGCUGGGGCUGGGGCUGGGGCUGAGGCUGGGGCUGAGGCUGGGGCUGUGGCGACCUUCACUCCUGACCCUAUGUGUUAGCUGAGUUGGCUCCUGGCCAAGGUUUGCAGGUUCAUUCCCCACAUUUCAGAUGUUUACACACGGCCUGGGGAUUGCGCUGGAGCAUUGUGCCGCAUGUCUCUUGCCAAGUCAUGCAUCGGGCUAAAUUAAAAUGCUCGGGUGACAGCCAGUUCACCGGUCAAGUAGUAAUACUAAUCAGCUAAUCAGAAAGAACUGGCCUCCAACCACACAUGAACAAUAAUAGGGAAUGUAAAUAAAGAGAGAUUUUCUUGUUUUCUAGAGAUCCACUAGAGAUCCUGGUUCGAAUCCAGGCUCUGUCAUAGCUGGCUUCGACCAGGAGACCCAUGGGGCGGCGCACAAUUGGCCCAGCGUCGUCCAGGGUAAGGGAGGGAAUGGCUGGCAGGGAUGUAGCUCAGCUGGUAGAGCAUGGCGUUUGCAAUGCCAGGGUUGUGGGUUUGAUUCCCACGGGGGGCCAGUAUGAAAAAUAGAAAAAUAAUGUAUGCACUCACUAACUGUAAGUCGCUCUGGAUAAGAGUGUCUGCUAAAUGACUAAAAUGUAAAUAACAAGCAUCUUCAUGAGUUUUUCCUGCUGUUUAUUUAUUGGAACGCUAGUAGCGUUUUGUUGUUUAACACUUUCAUUUACUGACCUAUUUACAAGACCUAUUUUUAUUUAUUUAUUUUUAUUUCACCUUUAUUUAACCAGGUAAACCAGUUGAGAACAAGUUCUCAUUUACAACUGCGACCUGGCCAAGAUAAAGCAAAGCAGUGCGAUAAAAACAACAACACAGAGUUACAUAUGGGGUAAACAAAACAUAAAGUAAAAAUACAACAGAAAAUAUAUAUACAGUGUGUGCGAAUGUAGUAAGUUAUGGAGGUAAGGCAAUAAAUAGGCCAUAGUGCAAAAAAGUUACAAUUUCGGGGUGCAAAUUAGCAAAAUAUAUAACAUUAUGGGGAUGAGGUAGUUGGGUGGGCUAAUUUCAGAAUGUCUGUGUACAGGUGCAGUGAUCGGUAAGCUGCUCUGACAACUGAUGCUUAAAGUUAGUAGGGGAGAUGAGUCUCCAGCUUCAGAGAUUUUUGCAGUUCGUUCCAGUCAUUGGCAGCAGAGAACUGGAAGGAAUGGCGGCCAAAGGAGGUGUUGGCUUUGGGGAUGACCAGUGAGAUAUACCGGCUGGAGCGCAGACUACGGGUGGGUGUUGCUAUGGUGACCAGUGAGCUAAGAUAAGACGGGGAUUUGCCUAGCAGUGAUUUAUAGAUGACCUGGAGCCAGUGGGUUUGGCGACGAAUAUGUAGUGAGGGCCCGCCAACAAGAGCGUACAGGUCACAAUGGUGGGUAGUAUAUGGGGCUUUGGUGACAAAUCGGAUGGCACUGUGAUAGACUACAUCCAAUUUGCUGAGUAGAGUGUUGGAGGCUAUUUUGUAAAUGACAUCGCCGAAGUCAAGGAUCGGUAGGAUAGUCAGUUUUACGAGGGCAUGUUUGGCAGCAUGAGUGAAGGAGGCUUUGUUGCGAAAUAUGAAGCCGAUUCUAGCUCUAACUUUUGAUUGGAGAUGCUUAAUGUGAGUCUGGAAGGAGUUUACAGUCUAACCAGACAUCUAGGUAUUUGCAGUUGUCCACAUACUCUAGGUCAGACCCGCCGAGAGUAGUGAUUCUAGUCGGGUGGGCGGGUGCGAGCAGCGUUCGGUUGAAGAGCAUGCAUUUCGUUUUACUAGUGUUUAAGAGCAGUUGGAGGCUAAGGAAGGAGUGUUGUAUGGCGUUGAAGCUCGUUUGGAGGUUUGUUAACACAGUGUCCAAUGAAGGGCCAGAUGUAUACAAAAUGGUGUCGUCCGCAUAGAGGUGGAUCCAAGCGUCACUAGCAGCAAGAGCGACAUCAUUGAUAUACACAGAGAAUAGAGUCGGCCCGAGAAUUGAACCCUGUGGCACCCCCAUAGAGACUGCUAGAGGUCCAGACAACAGGCCCUCCGAUUUGACACAUUGAACUCUAUCUGAGAAGUAGUUGGUGAACCAGGCGAGGCAGUCAUUUGAGAAACCAAGGCUAUUUAGUCUGCCAAUAAGAAUGCGGUGGUUGACAGAGUCGAAAGCCUUGGCCAGAUCGAUGAAGACGGCUGCGCAGUACUGUCUAUUAUCGAUCGCGGUUAUAAUAUAGUUUAGGACCUUGAGCGUGGCUGAGGUGCACCCAUGACCAGCUCGGAAACCAGAUUGCAUAGCGGAGAAGGUACGGUGGGAUUCGAAAUGGUUGGUGAUCUGUUUGUUAACUUGGCUUUCAAAUACUUUCGAAAGGCAGGGCAAGAUGGAUAUAGGUCUGUAACAGUUUGGAUCUAGAGUGUCACCCCCUUUGAAGAGGGGGAUGACCGCGGCAGCUUUCCAAUCUCUGGGGAUCUCAGACGUUACGAAAGAGAGGUUUAACAGGCUAGUAAUAGGGGUUGUGACAAUUUCGGCGGCUAAUUUUAGAAAGAAAGGGUCCAGAUUGUCUAGCCCAGCUGAUUUGUAGGGGUCCAGAUUUUUCAGCUCUUUCAGAACAUCAGCUGUCUGAAUUUGUGUGAAGUCUACUUUAGACUCUUCUUCAGUUAUAGGCUACAUCUACGUAGAUUAUUGGUUAAAGGUCCAGUGGAGCCGUUUCUAUCUCAAUAUCAAAUCAUUUCUGGGUAACAAUUAAGUUCCCUACUGUGAUUGAAACAAAAAUAGCUUCUUAGCAAAAUACAAUUUCUCAAGCAAGAAUGUUGCUAGGACUGUCUGGGACUGGUCUGAGAGAGGGGUCUAAUUGGAGGAGCCUUAUGGGAGGGCUGUGCAACCUGAAAACUAGCUGUUAUUGGCAGAGAGGAGGGCACACUCUCUGUUAUUGGUCUAUUGAUUUACAGUAUACCGCCUAAUGAUGUAUCCCCAACUGAAAUUUCAGGUUGUCUUUUCAAACAGCUCUUACACUAAAAGUGCAUUAUAAUUAUAAUAAUUACAAUUUCACAGUAUUAUUUGAACCUCAUAGUGUAGAAAUAUAUAUAUAUAAAACACAGGAAAACGUUACGUUUUAACUGCACUGCCCCUUUAAAAUAAUCUUAAAAUACCUGUACUUUUUUACUGAAAAAACAUGUAUGUUUUACAUUUGAUGGUAGAUCAUGUAAAUUUGCGUGUAAAGUAUCCUGUUACAGUGAGGGAAACAAGUAUUUGAUCCCCUGCUGAUUUUGUACGUUUGCCCACUGACAAAGAAAUUAUCAGUCUAUAAUUUUAAUGGUAGGUUUAUUUGAACAGUGAGAGACAGAAUAACAACAAAUAAAUCCAGAAAAACACGUCAAAAAUAUUAUGAAUUGAUUUGCAUUUUAAUGAGGGAAAUAAGUAUUUGACCCCCUCUCAAUCAGAAAGAUUUCUGGCUCCCAGGUGUCUUUUAUACAGGUAAUGAGCUGAGAUUAGGAGCACACUCUUAAAGGGAGUGCUCCUAAUCUCAGCUUGUUACCUGUAUAAAAUACAUCUGUCCACAGAAGCAAUCAAUCAAUCAGAUUCCAAACUCUCCACCAUGGCCAAGACCAAAGAGCUCUCCAAGGAUGUCAGGGACAAGAUUGUAGACCUACACAACGCUGCAAUGGGCUACAAGACCAUCGCCAAGCAGCUUGGUGAGAAGGUGACAACAGUUGGUGCGAUUAUUCGCAAAUGGAAGAAACACAAAAGAACUGUCAAUCUCCCUCGGCCUGGGGCUCCAUGCAAGAUCUCACCUCGUGGAGUUGCAAUGAUCAUGAGAACGGUGAGGAAUCAGCACAGAACUACACGGGAGGAUCUUGUCAAUGAUCUCAAGGCAGCUGGGACCAUAGUCACCAAGAAAACAAUUGGUAACACACUACGCCGUAAAGGACUGAAAUCCUGCAGCGCCCGCAAGGUCCCCCUGCUCAAGAAAGCACAUAUACAUGCCCGUCUGAAGUUUGCCAAUGAACAUCUGAAUGAUUCAGAGGAGAACUGGGUGAAAGUGUUGUGGUCAGAUGAGACCAAAAUCGAGCUCUUUGGCAUCAACUCAACUCGCCGUGUUUGGAGGAGGAGGAAUGCUGCCUAUGACCCCAAGAACACCAUCCCCACCGUCAAACAUGGAGGUGGAAACAUUAUGCUUUGGGGGUGUUUUUCUGCUAAGGGGACAGGACAACUUCACCGCAUCAAAGGGACGAUGGACAGGGCCAUGUACCGUCAAAUCUUGGGUGAGAACCUCCUUCCCUCAGCCAGGGCAUUGAAAAUGGGUCGUGGAUGGGUAUUCCAGCAUGACAAUGACCCAAAACACAAGGCCAAGGCAACAAAGGAGUGGCUCAAGAAGAAGCACAUUAAGGUCCUGGAGUGGCCUAGCCAGUCUCCAGACCUUAAUCCCAUAGAAAAUCUGUGGAGGGAGCUGAAGGUUCGAGUUGCCAAACGUCAGCCUCGAAACCUUAAUGACUUGGAGAAGAUCUGCAAAGAGGAGUGGGACAAAAUCCCUCCUGAGAUGUGUGCAAACCUGGUGGCCAACUACAAGAAACGUCUGACCUCUGUGAUUGCCAACAAGGGUUUUGCCACCAAGUACUAAGUCAUGUUUUGCAGAGGGGUCAAAUACUUAUUUCCCUCAUUAAAAUGCAAAUCAAUUUAUAACACUUUUGACAUGCUUUUUUCUGGAUUUUUUGUUUGUUAUUCUGUCUCUCACUGUUCAAAUAAACCUACCAUUAAAAUUAUAGACUGAUCAUUUCUUUGUCAUUGGGCAAACGUACAAAAUCAGCAGGGGAUCAAAUACUUUUUUCCCUCACUGUAUGUUGAAACUGACCUACAGUCCAGUACCAUCCUAUAAUACUGUAACACUAAGGGCUGGAUUCAAUCCUUAUCGCCGAAGAUUCGCGUUAAAAUGUAAAGGUAGUUUCCAAAUGAGCCGACGACAUAUGCAGCGUUUACCGUGAAUGCAUUCUCCGCAAACGCGGGAACAUUUAGGUUUCAAUCGAGCUAUAACACUGAUCUUCCACGAUACUUCGGUGAUACGGAUUGAAUCCAGCCCUAAAGGUGCUCCGUCUUAUUUCUGAUUAUAGGUCAGUUGUUCACGUCCUGCAGAGAGGUCCAGAUAAUACAGGGGGUGAGGAUGGAUGGGGAGUACAACCUGAAAGUCAAGUCCAGGAUACUACAGGUGUGUGCUCUCUGUCAGAAUCACUAACUAUCACUUCAUCAUUAAUCACUUCCAGGCCAGGAUUCAGAAUUUGUUGUCUCAAUGUGUUUCUUCCUAGAUCUACUGUGCUGAGAUGCAGACUGAUUUCCCUAAGGAGUAUGUUACGCUGCGGAGUGGUCAGACAGACAACUACUCAGAGGUCUAUGGAUACAGGUGUGCUCAUUGAAACCGGAUUGUCUGUGCUGAAUACAGUUUCUGUUUAUGGACAGAAUACACUAUAAUACUGUAAAUGAUUCUAUAUUAACAUUCAUUCAAACAGUCAUUACAUAUAAGCAAUGAGUCAGGAAGCAGGUGCAAAAGUUGAGUUUAAUAAUGAGAAUAAGCAGGAAAACAAAACAGAAGAAGCGUACUGAACGUGAAGAAAACCAGAGCGGGAGGUUCCUGGUGGAGAGCCAGACGUGAUCACCAGGAUGGAACACGGGAGACCCCGCAGUAGGUAGACCAGAGAGAGGGAUAAAACGGCAGGAUGUAGAGAAUCUGUCAACAAUGACCAUAAUAGUGGUAAAACCAUCAGAAAUUGGGAGAUCAGAUACAAAGUAUAUGGACAGAUCUGACCAAGGCCACUGAGGCACGGGAAGGGGAAUUAGUUUCCCUGCUGGAGCGUGCCGGGGAGAUUUGGAUUGGAUAUAUACGGUGCAUGAGUUGACAUAGUGGGCGACGUCCUGCGCCAAGGUGGGCCACCAGUAUUUAUCGGAAAGGGAUUGGAUGGUGCGGGUGAUACCUGGGUGUCCAGCAGCGAGGGAUGUGUGUGCCCAGGUCAACAGCCGAUCGCUCACCCCCGUGGGGACGUAGAUGCGCUCUGGAGGGCAGGUAGCAGGAGCGGGUUCCCUCUCCAGAGCCUGGCGGAUGUCCAACGAUUCAGGAGGACAGAUUGAUAGGCUGGAGGGCACUCACAGGACCCUCUACCAACGUGGGACCACAGGGUGCGGGAAAGCAGGUCCUCCAGCAUCCUGGUCCCCAGGCGGUGAUUCUCAUCCUCGACCAGGAGAUGGUGGGGUUAUGAAGUUGGAGCCAUAGGAGGCCAAGGAUAACUUUGUGUAUGGAUGCAGUGGUGAUGAGGUAGGGAAGGCUUUCCUGGUGCAUGGGUCCCACGGUCAGGGUGAGUGGUGCUGUGAUAUAGUCCCCUGUAGCUCAGUUGGUAGAGCAUGGCGCUUGCAAUGCCAGGGUUGUGGGUUCGUUUCCCACGGGGGGCCAGUAUGAAAAUGUAUGCACUCACUAACUGUAAGUCGCUCUGGAUAAGAGCAUCUGCUAAAUGACUAAAAUGUAAAUGUGCGUAAUUGUGCCGGAUCCCAAUGGUCGCGUAUCCAGGGCUUGGACAGGAAAAGGAGAGGAGAGCGGGUAUGAAGUUAAGUUCAGGGAGGAGGCGAGGGCCUGAAGUUCCCAGCGGCACCGGAGUCCACUAGAGCUGUAGAGACAACACUCGAGGGACAGCCAGCCAGUGAAAUGGGAGAACGAUGAUAAUGGAAUACUCACGCCUACCUUAGGAGACGGAAGGUCACGGGGCCGCCCCUCUGCUCUAGUGGGCCCCGGGUUGGGAUGCACCGGACACCGCUGAAGCUGGUGCCACUCCUGGCCGCAAUAGGGACAGAGCCCCAGCUGUCUCCGGUGACGCCGCUCUGCCGCAGAGAGGUGUGUGGCCCCUACCUCCAUGGGUUCAGGCUCUGCCUCAGCACAGCCAAAGGAGGGAGGCGAGGUAGACACCGGCGCUCCCGAAGAAGGUUAUCCAGAUGGAUGGCCAUUGCCAUGAGAGCUCCGCACUCUAUUCCACAGUGGACUGUCACAGUCCGAAAGGUGAGGGCGUACUCUGCAGUGGUCUGGGCACCCAGCUGGAGUUGGAAGAGUCGCUCACCUCCCUCUCUGCCCUCUGGAGGAUGGUCGAAGACCGCCCUGAACAGAGCCAUGAACCUCUCAUAGGAACCCAGCUCCUCCUCUCUCCCAGACGGCCGUAGCCCACACCAACGCCCGUCCGGUCAGCAGGGAAAUGACCGUGGCAACCUUGGACCCCUCGGUGGUGGCGGCUCCCGUCUGAUAGGCAAAAUAGAGGGAGCACUGGAGUAGGAAGCCACAGCAUUUCGAUGGAGUAUCGUCAUACUUCUCCGGAAGGGACCGUCGGGCAUCGCUGACCUGGCCGGACGCCUGGGUAGGCUGGGGGACUGGCUCACUGUGAUGACCUGUGGUAGGCGGCACUCCAUCAGAGGUAUGGAGAACCUUCGCUGGUGGUGUUGAGGCGGUGGAGAACGCAGAGGAUCUCCUUCAUGGUCGUACCCAGUAGAGCCAGCUGGUCGGGGUGUUGGUGGAGUAGAUUACCCUGAUCCUCGACAGUCUGGAAGAUGGUGUUUUCUUCUGCUGCUUCCAUUUUUUUCAGAGGCAGUAUUCUGUAAUGUAUAUGCUAGGAGUCAGGAAGCAGGUGCAGAAGGUGAGUUUAAUAAUGAGAAUAAGCAGAUAAAUAAAACAGAAGACGCGUACUCAACGUGAACAAAACCAAUACUGCCUGAAGACUGAGGCUACUGAGGGCUAAAUAAAGGGGAAGUAAUCAAGGUAAUGAUGAAGUCCAGGUGUGCAUAACGAUGGGGAGCAGGUGUGCGUAAUGAUGGUUGCCAGGUGUGCGUAAUGUGGGUUGCCAGGACGGUGGUUAGUAGACCAGCGACGUCGAGCGCCGGAGAGAGGGAACGGGAGUAGGCGUGACAUGUAUCUUAUCUGAAACAUUAUUUUUAAUGUCUAGGUUGCUGAAUCCUUUUGAGUGCCCCUACAACGGCAGCAGAAGGCAGGACUGUGACUGCAGGAACGAUUACUCUGCAGCGGGAUACACUCUCUUCCACAAGGUCCGUCUGGAUGUCCACUCACUGAGGAUAAUGAGUGAGUAAUGACCAUAUGAUUGCCUGACCACCCUACUGCAAUGAGACCACACAUCCAUGUUGUUUUACCCCUGCACACAGCCCGCUCCUCUCGCCCACCGCACUAAAUAAUGGGAUUUUCACCGCCUUUCGCCACACCCUCAGGCUCUGUACAGAAAUCAUGAUAACGCCUUUCAACAGGCCUGGUUCACAUCACUGGCAUAGAGUUGAAAACGCAUGGGCACCUUGAGACAUACACUUACACAGACACAUGGUCACUCACAGGCAUACUCACAUACACACAAAUGCUUGUACACACACAAAAUCUCUUAUGUUCUCUGACACACACGUGCAUACUCUCUCUCUCUCACUCUUACACUCUCACACACACACGCAACAUCUCCAGGCGAUAAUCCUCUGCCCAUUACGACGUCCAGCCCCACCUCUCCAGUUGUCCCUGAGCAUGUCUUCGAUUAGUGUACAUGUGGCGUGGUCAGGAUUAGUGGUAAUUAUAUCUGUGUGCGGCUAGGAGGAGGGAGCCCACUGCCCUCCACAGAACACAUGCAGUCAUCUCCCCACCCCAUCCCCUGUCUACUCUGGUCCUGACAGCACAUGUUCCCACCACACAAGGCCCUCCCCUCUCACUGCAUGGAACUAAUUUAGAUUUGGGGCGGCUUGGCUAUACUAAUGGGUUCAAGAUGAAGAGAAGAUUAUGAGCUGCUCUAGCUGUGCAAUGCGUUUCUCAUUAACUUUACCGCCAUUUCUCACACACAGACAGACACAGAGAGAGAGAGAGUCAUCUUAAAUGUCAUGUGGUUUAACCUCUGAGUAACUUGUCUCUUACAGGAACUCAUGUCUCUGUGUAUUACAUUUACAUUUACAUCAUUUAGCAGACGCUCUUAUCCAGAGCGACUUACAAAUUGGUGCAUUCAACUUAUGAUAGCCAGUGGGACAACCACUUUUUUAUCUUUCUUUUUUAAUGGGGGGUAGAAGGAUUACUUUAUACUAUUCCAGGUAUUCCUUAAAGAGGUAGGGUUUCAAGUGUCUCCGGAAGGUGGUCAGUGACUGACUGUAACCUUCAUAUGCUCUGUGUCUGUCUAUUGUUCGUGUAUUGAUUUUAACCAUAUUCUCUGUGUUAUGUAUCAGCCACAGACCUGAAGUUCUCUCAGACCCUGCUUGGUCGUCCCGUCCCCUUCGCCACAGCAGGAGACUGCUACAGUGCUGCCAAGUGUCCUCAGGUAGGAAAUAGAGACCAUUUUUGAGUCUAUGAAUUACAGACUGUAAUCUGUAUGCCUGUAUGUCUUGAUGGGGGGCCUUGAGCCAACUUUUCCUGGGCGAGUAUUGAAAUACAGUUCUGUCUGAAUGGGUUUUAUUGACCUAACACGUCCAGUCUGUUAACUGGAGAUUAAUCAUACGUGUUCCCAGUUUCCACCAGGGGAGUAACCACAUAAUGACACUUAACCAUCCAGUGUAGCUCAGUGUGUCUGUUCACUGUACCGUGGUGCUGCUUUCGUUGUCAGCCCCUGGAAUGGAAAUGAAAUACAGCCUAAUUUAAUGUAUUUGAAUCCUGAUCAGGUCCACUUUAAAACAAUUUCAGUUUGAUCAAGGGAAGUUGGUCUGAGGUCUAUUGUAAUCACUGUGGUGUUCUUCCACAGGGCCAGUUUAGUAUCAACCUCAUAGGGACUGGUCUGAAGGUGGCUGAGACAACCAAGUGGACCUCACAGGGCAACUAUGUCUCUGUCAAAGUCCACAGGUCAGAGGUAAGGAGGACUCUAGGAUUCUGGUGUUCUGAAUAACUGUACUCUAAACCCUCCUAUCAUCUGAAUUGCCACCUGUUAUAUUUCUAGUCUGAUUCAUUAAAAUGAAUUUCUAGUAGCAUUAAUAAAAUCCUAUUUCUUUAUGGAAAGUUCCUCUGUCCUGUCCCACUCCAUUUCAUUCUCAUUUCUCCCUCUGUCUGUAGGAUGGAGCAAGAAUCUAUGGUCGCUGUGGUGGGUUCUGUGGGAAGUGCAUUCCCCAGCCUCACAACGGCCUGCUGGUUCAGGUC